UGAUAACGUAAACAAUUUCACGCGCACGGCGACGGCGACGGUGAAAUUUGUUGGGUUUUUGCUGUUUAGAGUUUAGUGUUUUUAGUGUUUAAUGAUAUUGUUUUCGGAUCGAUUCCGCCGUAACAGUUGAUUUGAUGCAUCGCGUCGUCGUCGUAUUUACGGGAAAACGAGUUCGGCCGGGUUUAUACGCUUGAUGACUGUGACAUUUUCGAUUUGUUCACGUCCCCAUAAUACUCGUAUUAUUCUCUGUUCUUCGGCUUGGUAUUUUCCCUAGUACACGUAUAUCUAAAACUGUCGAUUCACCGUCCCAGUCGAAGCCGACACAAGUCAACAAAUGACAGUUUAAUGACAUGACUAACAAUAAUUGGACUCAUGUCAGCGAUCAAAAAAGACAUGGAAUCGGUAAGUCGGUUUAGCUUUCGGUGUCUUUUGGCGUUUGCUUUGUUUUUUUAGCCGUCUACCCCGCCCUCUAAUAAUAAAUUAAUCACGAACUUGUUGAAAUUCUGUUAAAAUUAUUAAUGAUUUAUCGCAGUUAUCUUACAAAUCAAUGUAUUUUACUUACUUGUUUGGAGAUGGGUGGAUGACAGCUUAGCUAAGUAAUUUGUAUGCUGUACACCACUGGCUGUGCCUCGGUGUGUCAUGUAGGUACACGCUCUACGGUAAUAAUACUGUAAUGAUGAUAUUAUAUUAUUAUAUUAUAAACAACCAACAAUAUUAUAUAAUUGGAUGAACCUACCAACCUAAACUGUCAUUUCUGCAUGGGCACACAGAAUUGAUACAUUUAUACUAAGAUUAAAACUUGUCAACAAUUUAUCACUAUCGUUUUUUCAAACCAAUUAUUAUUUAGCUGUUUCGCGGUUUACUAAAGAUUUUUUUACUGUUACAUAUUAGUGAUUGAUUCUUAUUUAAUUAGUCUUAAUGUGUUUUAUUGUCUAAUUUGAGGUCUGAUUAUUCUAGUUUGGUGAAUUAAUUUGGUUUAUAUUUCAUUUACUUAAGUAGACAACUAAAAUAUUAUUGAAAUCAAUCGUAAAUAUUACUGAAAAUGUUCAAUAAUAGUGUUUUAAUAAUGACUUAAUAUUGUGUAAGAAUCUACUUAUUAAGUGUGGGUAUAUAUAAUUAAUAAUAUAUUUUAUUAGGUACCUAUAUUCAUUGAUAUUUCAUAAAUUAUCAAACAAUGUUAAUUUAUAUCUGAAGUUAUAAUUUUGACUCAAUUCAUUUAUUCAAUAGUGACAACGUAAAGUGUUUAUAUUCCUCAAUGUAUUAGAAUCUUAAAAUGAUUAAUCUUCCUUCGAAAAUACACAUAAAUCAUUAAAUCUAAAAUAUUCAUCCUUUUUGACUUUAAAAAAUACAAGAUCCAUUUAUCCAAAAAGAAAUUUUAAUCACUCCACCAAUACCUAGAUAGACAGGUAGUUUUACUUAUUUACUACCAUCGUACAACUUGUCAGCCAAUUUCCAUAGAUUUGUUAAUGAUAUAAUUGAAUAUCAUUUACAGGCAUUUAUGAAAUGAAUUGAUAAUUACGUCUUUUUUUCUCAUUAUAAAACUAUAUCUAAUUUUGUUAAGAGUGUUGACCAUCAAACACAAUAUAUUUCCCAAACAAAUCACUCCUAUAAUUAGUAGGUACAGGAUGAGCUUGUUAGUGAAUUUCAAUGAGAACGUAUAUAGUUCUAAUUGAAUGUUUUAAAACAACUCAACGACUGUCAAAAGGGGACAAACCACACCACUUUUAUAUCCUAUUAGUUACACGUUCUAUGUUUUUUAUUAAUAUAAUUUAAUAAUCUAUGACCUGAAUUGAGUUAGUUAACAUUGUUUUGAUUUUUAGCUAUUCAUAACUAUCUGCAAAAUGGACCACAUCGAAUUAAGCUGUUGGCCGGAGAGUGUGUUCAUGUUCUGGAAGAAUGUUCUGAUUGGUACUACGGGUUUACAUUUAAAAAUAAAUCAACACACGGGAUAUUUCCUAAAAAAUUUGUUUAUAUCAUGGACAACAUCGUGGAGAAGUUUGGGUUAGUUUUAAUUUUUAAACUUAAAUAUUAUUUGAUGAAUAAUAAUGUGUUUUAAUUAGACCUGCCGAGUUGACAGUUUUAAAUCAACCACAAAUUGUUCAUGAAUUAACCAGCGUUAUUAGAGAAUGGGGUGCCAUAUGGAAACAAUUAUAUAUAGUAUGGAAAUCAAUAAUAUUUGUAUAAACAUUUUUAGUGAUUUUAUUUGUUUUUCAGUCUCACAACUCAAAUUUUAAAAAUGUAGAAAAUAAAAUAUAUGAAUUAAUAAAAUUUAGGAGUAAAAUAUUAUCUGGCACACUUCCAGUAGAUGAGUUGAAAGAAGUACAAAGACUAGCUACAUCUACCAUAGAUGUUGGAAACAAGUAAAUUAAUAACUAACAAUUUUAUAAUGAUUAAUUCUUCAUGGUUUUGUACAUUUUUUUAAUGUAAAAAUUAAUUAAUAUACUAGAAGUAAUAUUAUGUAGUGGGUGACUCAUUUAUGACAUCAUUGUUUUUGCAAUGACUUAAAUUGAAUUUUUAUGUUUAUUAUUAUUACAAUUACUUAUUUUUUUAUUUAUUAUUGUGUCAAUUUAUUUAGGUUAUUGGGACUGGAUAUGGUGGUUAGAGAUGAACAGGGUAAUAUAUUAAAUCCACUACAUACACCAACCAUCCAGUUAUACAAACACCAUGAAACUGCCACUCAACGCAUCCAAAAUUCUCAUGUAUAAUAUUAAUUUAUUUCACAUAUCCCUAAAUGAUAUUUAUAUCUAUUCAGUUAUUCUUAUUUAUAGACUACUGGAAUUUACAAAAAGCCAAUUAAACAAAAUAUCAACUAUUUAUAUAACUAUACAGUGUAUUUAUCUGUACACAAUUUUAUGUGCAAAAUAACUGAUGAUGCAGAUCUGUUGUUGACAUUAUACGAUGCAAAGAGUGGUAAAUCAUUUUCUGAAAAUUUUGUUGUACGAUGGGCCACUAGUAAAAUGGAUCAAGGAUGGUCUCAAACUGAAAUUUUUCAUAAUUUCAGAGCUUUAUUUACAGUAAUAUCUUAAAUCAAAUAUUCAAUUUAGAAUUUAUAUUAUUUAAUUUAUUUUUAUAAUAUUGUAUAGGAUUUGGGAACUAGAGACUUAGCUAGAGAAAAGGUUUAUUUAGUAUGUUAUGUAAUACGAGUUGGCGGUAUGGAUUGUGAUAAUAGCAGUAAAAAGAAUUUGGCAACAACACAAAUACGUAGACCGUGGGGUGUUGCAGCCUUAGAUUUAACUUUAUAUUUUACUCAAAAAUUGGAAAGUGAUGAAGACACACAUCAUUUUAUGCCAUUUUUACCGUUAGUAUGUUUACAUUUAAUUUCUUAUCACAUAUUAUAUCCAUAUUUUCUUUUUUAAUUUAGCUGUGAAAAAGAUAAUUUAGAAAAUACACUAAAAAGGUAUUUGAAUCUAAAAGACUAUUCUCAUAAAGAGCACAAAGGUCUAGGUUUAUAUGUUAGUUUUAAAUUGCUUCACGGGGAUAUAAAACAGGUAUUAACAUUUUAUUUUUAACAUAUUGUAAGUGUAAUCAAUAUUUAAACAUUUAUAUGAUUGUUAGGUGCGCGAAGAAUAUCCACAUUUAGUAUUAGGCAAUGUUGCCUUGGUGAGAAAAAUGGGUUUCCCUGAAGUAAUAUUACCUGGUGAUGUGAGAAAUGAUCUCUACUUAAUGUUGGUACAAGGAGAGUUCUCAAGAGGCAGUAUGUCAUCUGACAAAAAUAUUCAAGUUACUGUUACAGCAUGUAAUGAAAAAGGUGUUAAGCUACUAGUAAGUUAAAUUUAUUCAUGUUUUGUAUUAAAAAUGUUAAGCAUUAAUAGUAUUGUUUUACAUAUUUUAGGGUGUAAUCAUGUUGGGUGGUGACUCUGAACCACUAUCAGAUUUUAACUCUGUUGUUUAUUAUCAUGAAGAUAAACCACGGUGGUAUGAAAUUGUAAAAUUAGCUAUUCCGAUUGAGGACUUUAAAGGUAGUCACUUGAAGUUUAUGUUCAAACACAGAUCAUCAAAUGAAACUAAAGAUAAAAAUGAAAAACCAUUUGCAUUAUCAUUUGUUAAAUUAAUGCAAGACAAUGGUACAACCUUGAGAGAUACAUUACAUGAACUCUUGGUGUACAAGGUAUUUAAUAUAUUAUUUUCUUUUGAAAUUUAAUAUUUUAUAUAUUAUAUAAAUUAUAGAUUGAUUAUAAAAAAUUUGAUACAAUGGACAUAGCUUAUUUGAGUCUUGCUUCAAGAAAAACUGAAUUAAUUGAAACAAACAAUCGUAUAUCUGUACCAGGUCUAUCCUUGGCUAAUAAAGAUGUGUUUAUGAUACAAACAAAUAUUUGCUCAACGAAACUAACACAAAAUGGUAUGUUAACAAUUUUCUGUCAUAAACAGUACCAAACAAUACUAAUAAAUUUUAUUUUUAGUUGAUUUAUUGGGUUUGUUGAAUUGGACAAGUCACCCUGAUAAGUUACAGGAAAGUUUAUUAGCUUUAAUGAAAGUUGAUGGUGAAGAAGUAGUAAAAUUUUUACAAGAUGUUUUGGAUGCAUUAUUUAACAUUCUUAUGCACAAUUCUGAUUCUGAUCUCUUUGACAACAUGGUGUUUGACUGUUUAGUAAGUAAUCAUUUUCAAGUACAAAUUUUGUUUUCAUACAUAUUUAUUUAUUUAAUUGUAUGUAGUUGUAUAUUAUUGGAUUAGUUUCCGAUAGAAAAUAUCAGCACUUCCAACCAGUUCUAGAUUUGUACAUAAAAGAAAGUUUCUGUGCAACUCUUGCUUAUAAGUGAGUUCAAAUGUUUUUAUAUGUUCUUAUCAUGAGUAAAAAGCUUUCUAUUUGUAUAUACAAUGUGGAAUAAAAUACUAUUUUGCUCCUUUAAUGUCAUUAUAAUAGUUGCUUCUGUAUUUAUUAAAUUAUUUUUUUGUUUUAGUAAAUUAAUAGUAGUUUUAAAGUACUAUUUAAGCAAUUUGGAACAAACCGAUAAAGAUCUCCUUUUAAACAUAAUGAAAUCGUUAAAGUAUAUCAUGAAAUUUAUUGCCAGAUCACGGUUUUUGUUUUCACAGUAAGUGUUUUCUUAUUAUUGUCACUUAUAAGUAUAUUUUACAAGGUAUCAUUCCUGUUGUCUUAGAUAAUAAAUUAACAUUAAUGGUUUCAAAUAUUUAGCAUAAAUUUAUUUGUUUAUUGUUAUAUUUUAUUAACUAAGUAUAUAAUAAGUAUGUGUUUUUAGAUUGUAUGAAGGCAAAGGACAACAAACUUUUGAAAUGUCAAUGUAUGAAAUGUUGAAAUUGGUAUCAAAUUUAAUGUGCAAUAAUUCAGAUUCAACAAUUUUAUUUCAAGGUGCAUGUCUUAAAUAUGUACCACAUUCUAUUCCUGAUAUAAUGACUGUCUUUAGCGUUACACAAUUAAGGUAUGAUUGAUAGUUUUAAAGAAAAACAUUGUUUUAUAUGUAUAUAUAUGUGUUUUUAGUUCAUUACUAGUAGAAAUGGUGGGUAAUGUGCCUCCAUCCAGACUGGUAAAACAAAAAUUAAUUACCAUGAAAGAUAUAGUUCAUAGUCAACUUUUUUUAAAUGCAGACUGUCGAGCUAUAUUACUUCCAUCCAUUCUUGCUAGAAUUAAAGAACUUAUAGAAUCUGCUGACGAGGUAUGUGUUUAAUGUUAAAUGGGUUAUUAAAUUUAAUAUUUCGUUAUAAUAUAUGUCAUUUUUUUAUCAAUCACAGUAUAAUAACUAAUAUUUUUAGUUUUCAUCAAAAAAUUGGUUUUACCAUUAUAUAAAUAAUGGUAUUAUGUAAAUACUUGAUUGUAUAAAAAUAUUUACUUACAUUUAAUAAAUAUUUUGUUGCAUCUUGAUUUAUGCAACAUGCAUGCUCAUGUCCAGAAUAAUAAAAAAAACAAGUGGCGACAUGUAUUUAAUAACCUGCAAUAUUGCCACAUACAGAGUGUCUAAUUAGUUUGAGCUAUUCUAUGUGUAAAAUUUUUUAUAGUACAAACACAAGGCUUUCCAUUAGAAUUUACUCAGCACCUAAUUAUUAAAAAAUAUUAAAUUUUUUCUUUGUGAAGUAUAGUAAUGAAUGUUUGUGAUAUAUUGUGAUUUAUCUAACAACUUUUUAUAGAUUAUGUGUUACUUUAUAUGUAUUAACUUUUAUAAUUUAGCAGCAGUAGAGGAGUAUUGUGAAAACAGAUCUCUCACUGCUGUCGGUUAUAACUUGGGGAAAAAACCUUUACACUUAUAGUUAAUAUUUGUUAUAAAAAUUUCAAAACAUAAAUUUACUUUUAACCUUAACCUGAUGACUGGUGUAUAUGAUAUAACCCUAAUUGUAUUUCAAUAUUUGUAUCCCAAAUUAAUGAUUUUAUGGUAAAGCCUUGUAGUAUAAAUUGUUUUCAAACCUGCUGAUACUCUGUAUGAAUGUUAAUAUUUUUGUUCUAACAAAAUAGUGUUUGUUUUUAUAUGUAUUUGAAAAUAAAACUGGAAUGAAUUGUGUGUAACUAAACCUGUGUGUUAACAUAAUAUAAUAUUAUAAACAUUUUAACAUAUUUCAGUGUUGCGAGAGUUUACCUUAUGGUUGCUUGUUGGCCUACCACUCACAGCACAUUGGCAAUCUUGAUUUGUUUUAUGUGAUUUUACUGAAAUAAAAUUUAACAAUUUUAAUUGUUCCAUUAUUAAUAUAAAUAUGGUUAACAUUUUUUAUAAAACUACAAAUCUAAAUUUGUUUAUAUCUGAAAUCUUUUAUAUUAUUCAUCGUUGUAUAAACUGAGUACUAAACAUCUAUACAUAUUUCUUCAGUACACUGAAUGUGUUUGAAUUCUUCUUUAUUCUAUAAUUGGUUAAUUUAUUUUACUCUUGAUAUUAUGGUUUUUAUUUUACCAUUUACUGAUUUCUUGCAAUAACAGUCAAAUUUUUGUUUUUAUUUUAAUUCUUAUGUUUUCUACAAUAUUUCAUCAUCUAAUGCUUUUUAAAAUAUUACUUUUUAUGUUAUUUAUUGAUAUAUAUUUUAUAUAAAGUAAAAUAUUUACGUGUAAUUUUAAAAAAUCAUAAGCUUUGUAGAACAUAGUUAACUUCUUACAUUAUAUUUAUAAAUCAUAAUGAUUUAUACAAAAAUUAACCAUUUAUUUAUUUUUAACUGAUUCUUUGAAAGAACAGAGAAAUAUAAAUAAAUAUAAUGCAUGUUUUUGGGGACCUUAAGAACUUUAAUUAGUUUUUAAUAACAAUUUAUUUACUAAUAUUGCUAAAAUAGCUAAUCUAACUGUGGUUUAUUUAUUUUUAACAAAUUAAUGGUAUUGAAUGAAUGUGUUUUUUUAACAAUUUAAUCUGGAUAAUUUGCUGGAUCUUUGAAUUAUUUUUGGAAUAUCUAAAGGAAAAAGGGCAUUAUUUAAUUAAUAAGUUUAUCUGAACAAUAUGGAUACACUGAUAAUUAACAAUAAAUAACCAUAUUUAUUGUAUAUUUUUAUGUUUUUAAAUAAAUAUAAAUAAUUUUUCUCAAUAAACUAACAUUUUAUCAUUACAAAAAAAAAACUUAUAUUUGUAUAAAAUAACAAUUAUAUUGGAACUGCUGAGUGGAAUAUAAUAAUAAUAAAAAAAUAAAAGUCAAUGCCGCUAAUGGCUGUGCCACUGCUGUAUGUGGGAAGUUAGAAAGGUAGUAUAUUUAGUUAUAUCUGUAAGCAACAAUAAACCAUUACAAACAAAAUAUGAUUCAUAUUAUAUUGUUGUUUUAAAAUGUCAUUCAAUUUGUUCGAUUUUCAUACUAAAACUAUUAGGUAAAUAAAAUUAAAAAAUAACUACAUUACGCUCAACUUCUUUUUUUUUUACCGCAAUUUUAUCCACAUAGUAAUACCAAAUAAAAAAUAUGUAAUAAAAACUCAGCAAAUAUAAAAUGCUUAUAAAUAAAUUGCCAAAAUAUUUUGAACAUUUUACCACAUCUAGGUCAAUAUAGAUUUUCUUUCAAAACUUUUAUUUCUAUUUUACUUUCCAUUUCUUUCUACAUUUUUCACAAUUAUAAUGAAAACUGAUUGAAAAAUUAAAAAAUGACCUACUUACUCAUCAACUAGAUUUAAAAUGUAACAUUUUUACAAUAAUUAACCUUUAUUUAUGGCAUUAUGAAUCAAGAUAUUUAUUUAAAUAUUUUGAAACCCAUCUUGUAGCUAGUGUUGAAGAAAUGAGCAUCAAUGAUGUUACACAGUUUAAUGAUCCCAAGCAAUAUAAGUCAAUGGGUAUUUUUCUGAAUUUGUAACAGAAUAUUUUGUUACAUCAUCAAAGUUUGAACAUUUAUUCUAUUGAUAAUUAGUGGGACCAUUUGUACAGGAAAAUUUUAGAAUACAGUAUUUCAAGUGAGGAAACUAAAAAAAACCUUCUACAAGAGAAAUUUAAUAAACUUACAACAGAAACAACAUAUAAUCUGAUUCAUUUAAUGUCUAGUAGAUUAGAGGCUGUAAUAAGGUCAAUAGGAUAUCCUACAAAAUACCAAACAGGUUUUAAAGGUAUUUUGUUUGAUAAAAUGAUUGGGUGGGAAUAUUUAUUGUUAUUGUUUAGAUUAUUAUUACUGUUUUCAUGGAUUUUUUUUUAAUAUAUUUAAAAAUCACAAGAAAAUAACACAUAAGUAACAGUUUAUUGAUGUGUAUUUAAUUAAGAACAUAAAAAAUACAAUAAAUAUGAAGAUUUAAUAUAUUUCACUGUGUGGUACUUGUAUACACUGAAUACUUAAUAUAGUACACCUGUGAUUAAUAUAAAUAAAUGUAUAAUAAGAGUUUUAAGUUUUAAACUAUCAAAUCACUAGUUGUGCUAAUUUGCAUGAACUUGUAUUGCUUUAUUACUUACAUAUAAUUGGGCAAAAAAUAAUAACACCAAAGAGAUGAUUAUUUUUGGGGUUGUAUUGAAACUAAAUAAAUUCCAUAAAUAUUUUUUGCAUCUUUAACGAGGAUUUUCAUUAAGCGGUUAAAUGCCAUUUUAAAUCAGUCAAAAUAAUAAAUGAAUCAUAAGUUUAAUUUCAGUCAUUAUAGUUAUUAUUUAUUUAUUAACUAUUAUAACAACCUUAUUUUUCUAAUUGAUUUACAAUUAAUAAUAAACAUAAUAAACAUAAUUUAUAAUUAGUAUAUUAUGUUUGAGCUUUCAAGUAUAAUACUUAUAUAAAAAUAUGUUUGUUUUAGUUAUUAUUAUCAUUAAUAGGAAAAACAAUAAUAAUACUGACUGCAUCAUUAAAUAAUUUUAACUAAAAGAGUUGAUUAAUUAUUGUUAAAUAAUAAAUAUACAAUUAAAAUUGUGUUUAAAUCUAAUGUAUUUUAUUAUAAUAUUAACAUUAUUAACUUUUAAUCAAUGUUUUUUUUCUAAUGGGUAUUAUUUAUUUAGCAAAAACUGCAUUCCAAAUUGUAAACAACAUUUUAAUUGGCAAUAAACAACUUCAAAUUUAUUUAUUUUAAUAAUUAUUAUGACUGAAUUAAUGUAACUUAAUUUUCUAUACACCUAUAGUUUUUCUGUGCCUACUAAUAUUUCUUAAACACAAGUUAUAAGAAAAAGAAAAAAAAAAAAAUCUUCGUUAGGUGAUGUUUAGUAGUAUUUAUUAAACUCCUCCAGGCCAAAACUAUCAUCGAGUUUCGAAACCAAAAAUCGGUAGCAAAAAUUGCCAAAGUGCUGGGAGAAAAUGGUCGCAAGUUACUCGACUCUCCUGACAUAAGUGAUCAAGUAUGUUAAUUAAUAAUUAUAAUUAUAUAUUUAUACUCAAUUAAUAAUAAUACCUGUUAUACUUUGUAUAAUAAUUAAUAAUAAUAAACUAAAUUGAUUGUUGUGACUUUAUAUCAUGCUCGUAAAUAAUAUUAAUGAAUUUUUUUCUAUACAAUAGCGAUUGCAAUCUAUAAACUAACAUUUUGAAUUUGAUUCAUAAUAUGUAUAUCAAUAAUAAUCAAUAAAUAAUUUAUGUAGAGCCACAAGAAUUACUGUGGUAUAACACUAUACAAGUAGCAUAAUUUGUUUUACGUAGAUUAAAAAAAAAAAUGUACUCACUGCUCCAUGGGUCCAUUACAGGUUGGAAAUUAAGAAGGUUGGAUAUAAAGAGAUGUUAUAUAUAAAAAUUGAUUUUGAAUGAUAUUUGAUGAUAAAUUUAAACUUAAAUUAUUUUAAUUUAUAUAUACAAAAUAACUUGCAUUUGUUUGUGUUUUUAACAAAUUUUAUGUUAAUUGUGAACUUAAAAUUAAUAAAAAAAGAAAUUGUGAUUAUGGAUUUGUGGUAUUACUAAAGAACAACUUAUGAACAAUUUUCUAUAUAAUUUUCGAUUAUUUAUAUGAAAUUAACAAAAUUGUAUCCUGAUACAACACAAAAAUAUUUAAAAACUAAUUAAUUCAAAAUAACUAAAAAACUACAUUGUAUUUAGAAAAUUAUUUUACGUAUAGAAAAUACUAGUAUAAUACUAGUAUUCUAUGCAAUUUUCAGGUUUCCCCUAUUAUUUUUCACUUAACUAAAACAGAAAUAUUUAGGUAUUGUAUAAAUAUUUCUGUUUUACAGAAUUUUUACCCUUAUUGUUAAAAAAAAAGAAAAAGAAAAAAAAUAAUCUCAAGGCACUAACUAGAACAGUUUUACUACUCCCUCCCUGAAGUUAAUGAUUGGAGUCAUAAAUUCUUCGUUUCUGGUCAUAAAUUGUUUUUCUGACAAAAUUAUUGUGGAAAUAAAAGGUACACAGUAAUACAUUCCUUGCUUCUCAAAAUCUUAUAAAUAUAUGGUAGUGAAAUCAAUUGUUUGUUUAGGUUUAAGUUUAUUCUAUUUAAAUUUUAAUCAACACUCAUGGAUAUAAUGGAUUGUGAGAUAUAAUCAGUAUAAAAUAGAUCUGUAAGACAAGUUUACGGUAAAUUAAAAAAUAUACCUUUUAUUUCUUGUCCAUUUAUUUGUAUUGAAAAUAUAUUAUUGUAUAAAUAUGUAUAGUUUACUGUAUUUUAUUUUAUGAAUUAUUUUGUAAUCUGCAACUUUUUCAAUUAUAGACUAAACAAAAUAAAUAUAAAUAUUGACUACAAAAACAAAGCAUUCAACCAUUCAUAAGAUUGUCUAUUUUAUUAUAUUGUUUAUAUAUAUAUUUCGCUUUUAUGUUUAAAGCAUAUUUUUUAUUUUGUGUAAAACUGAUAUUAUCAUUAUUUUUAUGUAAAAAACAUUUUGUUGGAUUUCACAAGUAUUUUGCAAUAUUAUGUUUUUUUUUUUUAGUUAUUGAUUUUAUAUAUUCUAAAAUCAAUGGUUUUAUGUAUUUCUACAAAGAUUUUUUAUUUAUUUUCUUAGAAAAAUAUAAAUUCACUGUUAUCUUAACUUGUUUGUAUGAUAAUGAUGUCCACAUUAUAGGUUGAAAUGUGUGUAAAACUGUUAGGCGACAUUAUGGAUUUGUUGUACGUGGCUGACACUGGAUCGACAUUUCGGGAUAUCACUGAAAUAAUGUUCACAAUAAUGCGUACAGUAAUACAAACCACUAUAGGCAUGGACCGUGACGGGCCACUAGUGGUAAGUAAUAAUUGACAUGUGAUAUGAAACUCUUAAUUUUUUUUACCUAUAUGAUUUGUACGUGAGUAUUUUAAAUUUAUUCCAUAGGGCUAUUUAGUAUCUAUUAUGAUAUCAAUGUUAAGACAAAUGACUGCUGAACACUAUGAUGUCUACAUUAAACAUUUUCCUACAAAAAUUGAUCUGUUAGAUUUUCUAAUGGAAAUACUCUUAGUUUUCAAAGAUCUUGUAUCUCGACCAGUUUUUCCUAAAGACUGGUGCGAGAUGAUAAUGUUGCAAAACAGGUAUAACGUAAUAAUAUUAUUAUCAUUAAUAUUUCUUGUUUGCUAUUGAAAACUCAAUAAUUGUUAAUCAUAUACAUUGAUUUUUAUGCUUACAGUGUGAUAUUGAAAUCAUUAAGGCACUUUUCUCACACAAUUCGUGAUUAUUUUUUCAAAGAAUUUGAACACCAAGCAUGGAACAAUUUCUUUCAUUGUGCUGUCACUUUCUUAACACAGCCAUCUCUUCAGCUAGAACAGUUCUCAUCCAAUAAACGUUGGCGUAUCAUUAGUCGGUACAAAGACAUGCGUAGAGAGACAGGAUUUGAAAUUCGUAGCAUGUGGUUCAACUUGGGUAAGUUGCGUUUAAUAGUGGUUAAUUUGAUUAUUGUUGAUUUUUCUUUUUGCUUUGUAUAGGACAGUAUAAAGUUAAUUUUGUGCCUAGUCUAGUAGGCUCCUUCCUAGAAAUGAUUUUAACACCAGAAAUUGAAUUACGGAAAGCCACCAUUCCCAUAUUCUUUGAUAUGAUGCAAUGUGAAUUUUAUUCAUGUUUCGAUGGUCAUGCAAACAAAAGGGAUUCAAGUAACAUUAAAGCCAAAUUCAAUGAUGUAAGUCUAUUAUAUUUAAAUUCAAUUUUCUUUAAAUAUUGAAAUGCCAAUUAUUUUAUCAAAUUAAUUAUGUUUAAUAGUUUGAAAAUGAAAUGAUUGCCAAACUUGAUCUCUUGGUGGAAGGAGGUAAAGGCGAUGAACAAUUCAAAGAACUCUUCAAAUCCAUAAUGUUAAUGCAGUGUGAAAAUCAUUCUACGAUGAGGGAUCUAGUAAUUUAAAUAUUUAAUCUCUAAGUCAUAAAACUGUAGAAAUCAAAUUAUUUUAACCCAAGACUACUUUUUUAAUUUUAAUUUUAUUAAAUAUUUUUCGACAUUCUUAAAUGUAGUUUUUAUUAUAUUUUAGGGUAUUCGAUUUGUUAAAAUAGUUACUGGUCUUUUGGAGCGUUUACUUGAAUACCGAACAGUUAUAAAUGAUGAAAACAAAGAAAAUAGGAUGAACUGUACUGUCAACUUAUUGGUAAAAAUAUAAAUUUUAUAUUUACGUUUGAUUUAAAUUUAAAUUUUUUUAUUUUUUUGUUUUUAAUUUAGAAUUUCUAUAUGGAUAUAAAACGACAAGAAAUGUACAUUAGGUAUGUAAAUAAACUUUGUACACUACAUUUAGAAUGUGAUGACUUUGCCGAAGCUGCAUACACUCUCAGAUUACACAGUGAAUUAUUAUCAUGGUCAAAUGACCCAUUACCACCUUUAUUACGAUCUCCACUGAGAUAUCCAACGUGUACCACGCACAGACAAUUAAAAGAGGCUUUAUACCAUGAUAUUAUUGAUUAUUUUAAUAAAGGAAAGGUAAUAAAACAAUGUCAAAAAAAAAAUGUUUUGUUUUAAUUCUUAAAUUAAUAAUAUUAUAUUAUUAUGUACUUUUUCAGAUGUGGGAGUGUGCCGUUAGCAUGUGUAAAGAGCUAGUUAGGCAGUGUGAAUGUGAGACAUAUGAUUACAUACAGCUUAGUUCACUAUUGCAACGUAUGUCAAACUUCUAUGAUAACAUAAUGAAACAGCUCAGACCUGAACCAGAGUAUUUCAGGGUAGCUUAUUACGGUAAAGGUUUUCCAUCGUUUCUGCAAAAUAAAGUCUUUAUAUAUAGAGGUAAAGAAUACGAACGUCUUAGUGAUUUUUCAAACAGGACACUGAAUCAAUUUCCAAAUGCCACUUUAAUGCAGAAACUUUCAAAACCAGGAUCAGAAAUAAUUGAAUCUAAUAAUCAAUGUAUGUUUUUAAAAAUUAUUUUACUAAGUUAUAUGAACAAUACAUUAAAAUAUAUUGAUAAAAGUUAUAUUUAUGUGGCAUAAAUUAGUAUUAGUGUAUUUAUAAUAUUAACCAUACAUAGAUACAUAAUCAUAUUUUAUUAAUUAAAACUCUUAUAUAUAUUUGUUAAUUAAUAUAGAUAUUCAAAUCAACAAUGUUGAACCUGUAAUGGAUAAUCAAAAAGAACAUUUAUUAAGAAAACCCAUAAGCAAACAAAUACUUAGACAUUAUAGGUAAAUUAAUUUUAUGUACACAUAUAUUAAUAUAUGCUAUACUUAAAUAUUAAUUAAUUUUUACUAUUGUUAUUAUUAUUAUUAUUAUUAGAGUAAAUGAUGUAAAGCGAUUUAAAUUCUCAAGACCUUUUUACCGAGUCGACCCAAAAGUAAAUUCAAAUGAUGAUAAUGAAUUUGCCAAUUUGUGGAUUGAACGCACAGUGUUGGAUACAACAUACUCAUUACCAGGCAUAUUACGAUGGUUUCCAGUUAAACAUUCCGAUACAUAUGAAAUAAGUCCUCUUAAAAAUGCUAUUGAGAAUAUGCAAGAGACAAAUAAGUAAUCAAAAUUUUAAAGUAUUUUUAUAUUAAUAUUUAUUUAUGGCUAAUAACUUUUGGUUUUAGAUACCUGAGAGAAUUGAUAAUAGCCCAUCGGAAUGAUUCAACAUUGCCAUUAAAUCCUUUGACUAUGAAACUGAAUGGCAUAUUGGACGCAGCUGUGAUGGGUGGAGUGACUAAAUAUGAAAAAGCAUUUUUUACAUCAGAGUAUUCUUCGAAUCAUGAAGAAGAUGAACAGCUAAUUGAAAUAUUAAAGGAUUUAGUGGCAUCCCAAAUACCAUUACUGGAUAUUGGUGUAAAAGUGCAUAGCGCACGAGCACCUCCAUCCUUGACUCCUUUGCAAUUACGAUUUGAAGAUUGUUUUGAAAAAAUGAAAGCGCACAUUGAAGAAAAUUAUGGAAAAAAGGUGAAUGCAGAAUGCCCCUUAAAUUAAUGUACCCAUUAUGUUGUUUUUAUUAUAGACGGUAUGUAUUUAUAGUUGGUUUUUUUAUUGUAGACAUGUGAUAUUAAAUUUGAUAUAAUUAAAAUGAGAAGGCAUACUACUACAGGAAGUCGUCUUAAUGAAAAAAGAUAUUCUGGUUCUAGUAUUGGAUCUACAGAGUAAGUUAGUUACAUCUAUUUGAAUUUAAAAUCAAAAAAAAAGUGUUCUAUUUUAAUUUUCAGAGGACAAAAUGGUGUAACCAAAUCAUCUAAUAUGGCAACAACUUCAUUGUCUUCAAGCCUUGCCAUUUUUGCAGCGCCUGUAUUAGUCUCAGGAUCAAAUAAAUUUGGUACUAUUGGUGCACUUACGAGAAAAGAUAAAAAAGAAAAGAAAAGACGUAACAGGACUGUAUCAAAAAUAACAACAACAAAUGAUAGAGACUCAAGCAUUUCCACCAACUUUACUAGUAAUAGUCAAUGGUAUACUGUAUCUGAUGCUGAUAAUAUGUCUAUGUCUUCUAUGAAUAGUAAUCUGAGUGUGUUUUCUACUUCUUCCCCUGUCAUUGAGUUACGUCAAGAGGUAAUAUAAAUAAUUUUAAGAAAAAAAAAAAAAAUGUUUUUUACACAUUUUAUAAUUAUUUAUUGUAAUUUGUAAUUGUAAAUAAGUAAAUAUGUGUUUAUUAUACAAAUUUAGUUAACACCCAAAAGGCCUUUACGUUCAGAAGUAGAAAAAGAAAAACGCCGCCCUAACAGUGGUCAAUAUCAGUUUUCAAAGUUACCAUCUAUGAACAGUCUGAACAGAGAUUCUUUGGGUAUGCAGACAAAAUAUUAUCAUUUAAAUUUUAAAUUACCCACAUUUUAAUUAUUGUCAUUUUAUUUUAACAGUGGCAACAGACUCUACUGCAAGUGAUGAUGACACUCCUCCACCACUGCCUGCUAAAACCAGGGAAUCAGAUUAUUCCAAUCUUUCAGACAAAGAAAGUUUGGGCUUGCCAGAUUAUUCUUGUCCUAUCAUAAUGAACAAUAUUAUGGUCAGUCAUAUUAUUAUGUUAUACAAAGUGUCCUACAAUAUUAUCCUUAUGCCAAUAAUCAUUUUUUUUUUCAAUUGGGUUUUGUGUCAGGGGAAUACAAAUAUUGAGAAAAAUUUAAUUUUUAUUUUCAUCCCUUAAUCACUGAAAAAAAAAAAUAACUGAUUUCUAACUUUUUAAAAAUGUUCAAAAUAGUUAGUAAAAUAUGUUAUUCUAAAAAUUGUAAUGUAUUGCAUAUACAUAUCCGAUCAAUAGUCUCUUAGUAAUCAACUAAAUGCCAGUAAACAGUAAAUAGUAGAUGCUUAGUAAAUAGCCAUUUUAAUUUCAACAUUUCUUAUCUUUUAUUACGACUAUGAUUUAUAAUUGCGUAACGUGGUAGCUUGUUUUUCACACCUUUCUCUAGAUAUUAAAAUAGUUAUUACUAAGAAACUAUUGAUUGGAUAUGUAUGUGUGAUACAUUGUAAUUUUUAGAGUAAUAUAUUUUACUAAUUGGUUAUUUGAACAUUUAAAAAAAAAAAAUACUUUUUUUUCAGUGAUUAAGGGAUGAAAAUAAAAAUUUAAUUUUCACUACACUGUUUGUCCCAACAUAAGAUCCGAUUGAAAAAAAAUAAAAAAUGAAUAUUGAUAGAGUUAUAAGCAUAUAUAGAUAACACUGUAGGACACUAUAUUAUGUUUGAUUAUAAAUCAUGAAACAAAUAAUUUGUUUUUUUCUAUGUACACAGCCAUCACCAAUAGUGGAUUCACAAGAAAACAUAAAACCUCCUACACCUCCUCCCAAGAAACCCCCAAUGAAGGCUCCCAUAUAAAUAAGUAAAUAGUAUAUUUUUUGUUAAUAUUAAAAACAUGUGAAGCUGUGACCAAUGAAGAUUUUUUUUAGUUCAAACAAUUUAUUUAAUGUACCUGUACCUAAUAUAUACAUAAUAUUAUAAUAUAUUUAAAUUAAUAUUUAUAUAUACCAAGCAAUAACAUAAAAAUUGCCUUUGAUAUAUCCUUGAUCAAAUUUGAUUAGUUCAUUUUUUUUUUAGUUUUUAUUAAUAGAACCUAUGUUUAUUAUUUGUGCUGUAAACCAAUUUGGUGCAAUGUUUAUAUGAAUAUGUACAAAAGAAAAGAUAGUUUAAUUUAUUGCUAUUGUUUUAAACUAUUAUAGAGAUAUAUUUUUUUAUUGUUCAUGUGCAUUUUGUAUACAUAGAAUAUUUUGUAAUAAUAUGUUAGUGAAUUGUAUGGACCUUCUACUAGGUACUUCAUAAUAUUCUUAGCAAAAUAAUUUAAAAUCUCAGAUUUGUAGUAGACUGCCUUUUUGUCUUCUUUUAUAAAUGUAUAUUUUUUUUACGUAUAGCUAAUACAUAAUGUUAAGAAAAAAGUGGUCAAGUUGCUCAAUGACCUGCCUACAAAAACUCAUGUCAAUAAAAACACAGUUACCAUUUAAAAUUUAUAUAUAUUAUGUAUUAAAAAAAAUAAUAAUAAUAACCAGAACACAUGUUGAUUAUUUUUGCACAGCCUAUAAAACAGAACUGAUUCUAAUGGUCAAUGUAUUUUUGUAUCGGAAGAAAGAUUAGCGUACUUUAAUGUUUGUAUUUUUUGUAUAUCCUUACAAUCUUAUUUAUUUUAAUUACUGUUUGAAGCUAUUUUUUUUUUUGUGUUUGUUGUGUGUACGUGUAUUUUAUACUUUAAUACUAAGUUGUAUUUUUUUUUUUUUUUGAUACAAUGGAUUUAUUCAUUGUUUAUAUUACCUACCUACUAUUAGAUAUUGUUUAGUCAUCCAGUUUUACCAAAGGAAUAAUUAAUUUUUUUUAAUGUAUUAUUAUUGUAAAUUGAUUUUCUCAUUCAUGUCCAUUAAUAUCCUAUAAAUCUAUUAUUAUCAUGUAUUUAAAAAAGGGUUUUUAACCGAAAAAAAAAAGUUCCAGUUACGUUUUAGUAUUUGGCUCACCGAUUGAUAGAAAAUGUCUUCAUUUCCUUAACCGAGCACGGUGAAUAUUAUAGUCAUUUCGUGUAACCCACUGAAUAUAGUUAUUCAUAAUAACUACUGUAAUUGGCAACAUGUCAUGAAAAAAUAUUGUAACAUUGCUUUAUAUUUCAUAUUUCUGCCCCUAGCAGUUUCAUUGGAACAUUAACAAAACUAAAAUAACACAAUGUUGUACAAUUAUUUAAGGAUAAAUAUGCUAUUUAAAUUUAAAC